GCAUCAUAAUUAGACUGCACUGAAGUCAAACAACAGGCAGAGAGACGACCGCAGCUCGGGAGAAGUGAAAGUGACAGAGGAAGAGUGCAAACAAAAAAUAACAAACCGCAAGUAGCUACUCGCUUGUUUGACGACAGAAGGUGGAACAUUCAGGCAGGUUGAAAACUCCAGAGCUGGUAUGCUGUGUUUCCUGUUUCUAAAGUUGACUGGAGUCGCACUAUAAAUGCAUUGGAUCCGGUGACAGCUUCGACACAAACACAAGAGACGAGACAAACAUGGAGAAUGGGAAGAGCCGCCUGCAGCAGGCCCACGAGGACGUGGAGGAGGUGAAGGUCAUCAUGCUGGACAACCUGCAAAAGGCAGAUGAGAGAUCUGGCAAACUGGACGACCUGGAGGAUAGGUCUGUGAAGCUGGAGGAGAAGAGUAGAGCUUUUCAAAAGACCGCCAACCAGGUGAUGCAAAAGAAACGAUGGGAGAACAACAAGAUGAAAGUGGUGUUUAUCGUCAUCGGAGUGGUAGCGGCCCUCAUCAUUAUCGGACUUAUAAUCUUCGCUACUGUUGAUGGCACAGGAGGAAAUUAGCUCCUUUGCCGAUGAAAAGAAAACAAGAUAUCGGGACUGAGGGACAUGAAGCGGACAAAGAUAAAAAUGUCCAGGUAGAAGAGGAGAACAAACUGUGGGACUCUAGCAUCUCGCCUGAACUGCUCAGUCUGCAUAUUUCUGUGUUUGAAGAUAUUUAUGGGAGUAUCAGUCCUACUCUUCAUCAGUGUCAGUUGAUAUGGUACCAUUGAUUGCUCAGCUGCUUUGCUACUUUUUAAAAUAACUUUUCGAAGGUCAUGUCUCUGUGAGGCCUACAUUAGAAGCACACACCAAUCUUUGAUCUAACGAUUAGAUCUAAAUAAGAAGCACUUGGGCUUCACCCCACCAAUUUCACAAAAACUAUGAAUAACUAAUAUUUUUAACCAAACGGAUACUUUUGUACUUUUUGUUUGUAUAUAGUGCUUCACGUGCAAGUGCACCACACAAAGGAAUAGAAAACUGUUAUCAGUGGUCACUGAACUGAAGGCAGAGUCCAUUUCACCAACAAUCAUUCGAGUCAAUUGUCAGUGCAAGAAGAUGGAGGAGAAAACAGAACAGGUGUAAAGUUGGUGAAUAUGUGCAGCUUCAGAUAGCUUCAGAUUGUAAAACAAAAUUGAAAAGAUUGUCAAAUAAAAUUUCAUGUCAAAAUGUGUGAAAAAUGAAAUGUCUAUAUCAUUAAAAUGUGUUUAAUUGUG